UUGCCACAAUUAUAUUAUUUCUUUUCCAGGCCUUAACUUCCACGAAAACCGAACCACCAUCUUCCUGUUCAACUCCCUCUUCCACGACGACAGAGCAGCAGCAAAGUAAUCAACUACUGCAGCAGCUGAAGCAAGAGCCUCUAACGUCACCGGCUUCUGGGGCAGACUGUACAAAUUCCAGUGUAGCCGGUGGCGAUGAAGACGAUGAGUUUGUAGAUUUAGAACAGUGUGCUGCAGCUCUCGAGAAAGACGCUGCGGCAAAUGGGGCUGCUGGCGGCGGUGGUUUUCCACGAUUUGAGUUUUAUGGUGCAGAUCAAGCCAUGUCUACUGAGCAAUUGAAUAAUUUGCUUUCGGAAUUGUCUGAUAUGCAAGGAUUUGAUUUUCCCGAACAGCAGUCACCGCAGCAGCAGCAUCAGCAAAGAGUUGAGGAUGAAAAACCAUCACCGGCUAUGUUGAUGCAGCAGCAACAGCAAAAUUCGACGGGUGGUAGGACGCCUAACUUCCAUAUGGACUUCCCUAAACCUGAAUUAUCACCUGCUGCACAAACCUUGAAGCAUAUGGCUGAACAACAUCAGCACAAAAAUAACCAGUAUAAUAGAGGUCCUUACGGUACGGAUUUUGGAAAUUAUCAGCAACAAAAUCCAGGACAACAGCAGGUGAAACAAGAACUCCUCUUCCCGCAACAGUCUUCUAAACAGCAGCAACAACAGUAUUCUCCUUACGGAUCACCAGGUCCAAUGCCCGGAGGUGGUGUUGGUAGUCCAGGUGGUUAUCCGGCACCACCGCGGCCGCCAUCUUCUUCGGCUUCCUCCACGGCCAACACUCCUCCGGCAGCGGGUGGUGCGACUGCUGCAGCAGGCGGACAACAGCAGAGCGGGACCUUGCAGAUAAAGCAGGCACAACAAUUGCACAUCUCACAGCCUAUGACUGGACAUCACGGAUUACAG